CUCUCUGCAACCCAACAGCCCAUUUCCUCUUCUUUCUUUCUUUUUAACUUGUCCUUCCAAUUAUCGACAAUCAUUUAGCAGUGUGAAAGGAGUUGAAAGAAAUAAAACUCUGUUCAUCAACUGCAAAUUCGGCGGGGCAGAGAGAGGCAAGAUGUUUGGGAGUAUGAUUCGGUACUUUUCGACGAAACCCAAGCCAAAAAUGAAGCCAAUCGAGCUGAAAACGCCACCAGAGCAAACGCAGACAAUAACCAGAGUUAUCUUUGACAUUCUCAAGGAGCAUGGCCCCCUCACAAUUGGUGAUACUUGGGAAAGGCUCAAGGAGGUUGGAUUGAGAGGACUUACAAGCAAGAGGCACAUGAAGAUAGUGUUGAGAUGGAUGAGGGAGAGACAGAAGCUUAGGCUAAUAUGCAACCAUGUGGGGCCUCACAAACAAUUUCUUUAUACAACUUGGUUUACUAAAUCCAACAUGAGGCAGGCAAGACCAGUGAAUAAUUCUUCAACGACUAGUUCGCCUGUCAAUAAUUCUUCAUGUCCAAAGUCGCCUUGAGGUUGCAAGAGUACCGGCUUCAAGAUAUUUACUGUUUUUGCAACCCUGUAAUACAAUAAUU